UUGACGUUUGUCAUAGAGAAGUUCUGUGAAAUCUUGUGAUUUAAUCGAAAGUUCUAGUUUACAGAAUAAUAUAAUAAUUCGUUUAUCAAUUUGAAUGCAUAACAUCACUGUUAUGCAUAAACUGUUAAAAAUGUUGAACACACCACCUGGAAGCAUACUGAACAAUUUAGUGUCAACUAGAUCGUCGUCAUUGUAUUCGGCCCAGAACUUGUUGAGCGCCGAUAAUCGUACGCGCUGCAUGUCUCUGCUGAAAUCGAUGAGUCAGAUUCGUAUGUCCGCCGACGAGCCGAAAGAGCGCUCUGCCGUCUUGAUACCGUUGUGCGUAGUAGAUAAUGAGGUUUCAUUGUUAUAUACGGUCAGAUCCUUAAAUUUAACUAAGCACAGGGGUCAGGUGUGCUUCCCAGGCGGAAAGGAGGACAAAUCUGAUGCAUCACUAGAAGAGACAGCAUUGAGAGAAACUGAAGAAGAAUUAGGUAUUUCUAAAAACAACAUCGAAGUCUGGGGAAGUGGCAAAAGCAUUAUCGGACGGUUUCCGCCAUCAAUACUGCCAGUCGUCGGUCUAAUACGUGAUUUUGAAAAUUUAAUUCUGAACAUAAAUGAGACGGAAGUCGAGAAAGUAUUUACCGUGCCUUUGAAAGAUUUAUGCGAUUGCAAUAACAUUGGGCAUACCCAAUUUCGAUACUAUAGCACCCCGGUUUAUAUGGCAGGAGAGGAACGGAUUUGGGGACUAACGGCCAUGAUAACGCAUGUGUUUUUGAAUUGCUUGAUUCCUAACAACGGUUACAAAUACAAGUUGAAAUUCAUACGUCCAUUGCAAAAACCGCUGAAAGCAAGCUUGUGACGAAUGUGAUUAAUAUGAAGGCCUUUUGAUAUUUUUGUCAAAAUUUGGGAAUGUGUUUAUUAUUAUAUUGAACGUGUACCUGAGAUGAAUACUGUUGUUAAACUUGUAUAUUCCGAAGUUGUAUGUGUUAUAUUUUUAUUGUUAUA